AUGACGGACGUGUACCGUCCUGCACCACCCAGAUGUCCACCCCUGCGACAGGUGCGGGGGACAAGGCUCGACACAAUCGAGGAGGAUGCGCGCGAGGCGCAGUAUUCAGAAAGCACGGCGCCUGUUGUAUCGAGAAAUAAACAGACGACACCACAGCCCCCGCAACAGCUUUUGAAACAACCACCUCAGCUGAAGCUCAAGACCAGCGGGCUUCAAUUGGUGUCGUCUAGGCUACAUCGAUUCUUUUCGCCGAUAUCUGCAGGGUCCCUAUCCUCUUGCUCGGAUACGGAAUGGCAGCGCCAGAUGCAGCCGUUCGAAGAUUUGUACGAUGCUACCGACGAGGAUUCAGACAUAAGCGACGAGUGUACGUCCUUUGCCAGCACUCGGCCAACGAGCUUGGUGACGCCGACGACACGAACCUCGGUGGUUUCUCCCAUCUCACGUAGUCGAUAUCCGAGUCUCACCAUCCCAUCGUCCACACUGUGGCCAUCACUACAUGGUGCCCCAAAGAGCUCUCCGAUCCCGCCAACCCCACCGCCAAAGAUCCCAGUCUCUCCAACCGCUCUGUCCAUGCUAACCCAUUCGGUGCCGGCAGUGCAUGCUCCACCAUCUUUGGAUGGCAGUGUGUCCUCCGACCAGGUGUCAAACAUCAGUGCUCCCGCCACUCCAGACCUGCAGUCCCUGCCAGAUAAUGACUGGACAAUGCAAGACGUUCAAAUGCUGCGACACAUCUCACUCGAUGGCACCCCGGACCCCUGGUCGGAGACUUCGGAGCGGAAUGAAGAGAUGUGGCAGCUUCAUUUGCCCCCAGAACGCCCACGUAGUGCCGAUGACGCAACACCAGCGUCGGAACUCUCAGGGUAUAGUUUCAGCCAGCUGAGCAUACCCUCACCGGGGGGCUUUUUUGCUUCAUUGGGCCCAAGAUCCCGCCACACUUGGUCUAUUCCACAUGGCAACAUGCCGCCCUCUUCUGCCAUUGCUGAGAGCUUUUACAAGCUGCCGUUUGCUCGGGCCGAAGGGCAAAUUGUUGAGCAGGUCAUUGACUAUCCCGACCGGACGACAGAGGAGCAGCUGACAGCGGUAUAUGACCCCAUCGGGCCGCCAACCGCCUUCAGGAUCCCGGCCGAAAGCCUGACCCAAUGCUCAGAAGAGGUGGAUGAUCAAGAGUGUUCCGAUGAUGAGGCUAUGGAGGAAGCCCCGAUUCCGGCGGGCUGGGAUGAUCAGUUUGAACGAGACGAAGACUAUGAGAGCGAACUGAGACAAAAGGCGAUGUCGGGCCUGGAUCGGACCAGUGACUGGCUGUCAGCCCAGGCUUCUUACCUCGCAGCUCUUCACGAGACCAAUCCAGUGAACAUGCUAGAUGGAGAUGCCCACAGCAUCGAAGCUGCAAGCAAGGGCGAGCAACAGCCUCAGCUGGGCCGUAAACGGUCGGUUCCUUAUGCCGGGAUCAUCCCGGAGGCACCGAGCUCUCAACCUUCAGCUCAGGCGAGUAAAGAUUCCAUCUACUGGCGAGGGUUUCAGGCGGUCCAGCAGCAGUCCAGCAGCCGGGAUACGUUUGUGCAUCGGAACACACGAUUCGAUGCCAUUCAGUCUACCCGGCUCGGCCUGACUGGCACGCACAUCAACCGCUUGCGGGGCAACUACGAAAUUUCUCGUCCCGAACGUCCGGCCUACAAAGGUCCGUUCUCAUUAGCGCCUCGCAAAUCGACAAUGGGCUCAGCUUUGGCCGAGAAGGCUCAGUUCUCUAUGGUCGAGAAGGAGCAGGCCGUGCUGUCCCAGAUCCGUCAACCUAUGUGGGCCAUGGAUGCUCUCCGGUAUGUCAAUGGGGGUAGCCUAAUCGUCAGCCCUGCCUCCAAGCGACUGGCCAGCACAUCUAUGGUGAGCUCGCGCAAGGCACCCCGUCAGCUACGCAUUCUGGAUCUCGGUGGACACGCCUCGUGCGAAUGGGCCUGGCAACUUGCCCACGAGUACCCUCAUGUCAAAGUCUAUACGGUCUUUACUGAGCAUCAAGCGGUCAACCCUGGCAUCAAAGGACCCCCAAAUCACCGUCACAUGUCUGUGUCGCAGCUGUGGAAAUUGCCGUUCCCAGACAACAAGUUUGAUGUGAUCUCGGCUCGCUCUUUCCCUGUUUUGUUGAAGAAAGAUCAUCCCGCCGGAGAGACCCAGGAUCAGUAUGACCUCUGUCUGAAAGAGUGUCGACGCUGUCUCAAGCCUGGCGGCUAUCUGGAAUUCUUCGUUAUGGAUGCGGAAAUAACGCGGGCUGGCCCGCAAGCAUCUGCCACGUCAGCAGAGUUUGCAUCCAACCUCAGGGCUUACGGUUACGACCCCACACCCACGAAGGGCUUUCUCAGUCGCUUGCAGCGGAAUUUUGCGGAUGUCAAAAGGGCUUGGAUGUUCUUGCCCAUGGGCACCGAGCCGGUCAAGUCUGAACCGCCUAGGGAGACGCCGGAUCCUAGAGUGAAGAGCCUGGUUGACGACUAUGAAGCAGUCCACGGCCCAGUGGGAAGCACAGCCGAUGUCGCCAACGUCACGGGGAUGUUCGGGGGUUGGCUCUGGGAGCAAUGGCUUGUAAAACUGCAAAUGGAGAUGGGAAUGGACCAACAAGACCUGCUGGCAGGUAUUGGAGGUGUGUUCGACGAGGGACGCAAGAACGGUGCAGGCUGGACCUGCUUGUCGGGAUGGGCUAUGAAGCCCAGACUGAAGAAGAAGCGCCACGGACGGAAGAGCAGCAAGGGCUGA